UUUCAAGCUUUGACCGUCUUCCACGCGUGUAAUGGAUUCCACACACACAUAUAUAUGUAUGUAUACACACAGAUUCACAAGCACAUAUAUACGCACACAUACACCCAUAUUCCUGCUUAUACAACCUCUCUCCCGCACGCACAGAACCACAUAACUCAUUUGGAGCCUUUUUCCUUUUCCCAAAACAUCUUCUCGUUUCUUCUUGCCCAUGUCGCCGCCGGAAAGAACCACAAGCUCUGCCGCGGAAAACCGCCGGCAAACAAGCCGGUUACAGAGACGAGCUCCGCCGUUGAAAAUCACUCCGGUACCGGCGGGUGAAUGGAACGCCGCCAUCCCGCUCCUCUCGCCGCUCGCCGCCUCCCCCCCGGUGGCGGCCGACCAGAUUUCGUGGCCACCGUCUAAGUCACCGGCGGUGGAGGAUGCGACGGAGAAGACGCCGGUGUUCAAGAAGUGGCAGCACCCGGCGGCGCCUUUUUAUUACGAAACGGCGCCGUUUGUUCCGCCGUUUAUUCCCGUUUAAAAGAUGUAGAAGAUCUAACGGUUUAUGAUAUUUUUUUUUCUAUUACUAGGAGAGACCCGCGCAGUUUUUCGUUUAUUAUUGUUAAUAUAAAAUAUUUACUUUUUUAUUAUAAAAAAUAUUAAUAUUAAUGUAACAAAAAUAUUUAUCUCUUCGUACAGAAAUUCUAUUCUUUUGUUGUGCAUAACAAAAACAAAAACCAAAUGUUACAUAUAUAUACCAAAAAAAUCAACUAAUACAAGGUGUAAAAGAAAGUGAUGUUAUAUAGUAGAGAAACCCAAUAAUAUAUCAAAAAAGA